UUUAUUUUUUUUAUUUUUAUUUCUUCAGGUGAAAAUUAUGCUAAAAUUUCAUGUAACAUGGAACAAACAGAAGAUCAGUGGCAAAGAAAUAUGGCAGAAGCUGCAGAGCAGGAAAUAUGUGACAAUAUAAGUACAGGGGAAUUCACGAACUGCAAUAAUCAUGAUCAGACUGCAGAUGCUUCUUUACAUCUUCUUCAAAAUCAAAGAAGCCACGUGGGAAAUUUAUGUUCUGAAUGUGGGAAAUGUUUUCUUAAGAAAUCACAUCUUCUUAAACAUCUAAAAAUUCAUACAGGAAAAACAUUUUCCUGUCCUAUAUGUGGGAAAUGUUUUAACUGUAAAAAGAGUAUUGUUGCUCAUCAGAAAAUUCAUACAGGAGAAAAAGAAUUUUCAUGUUCUGAUUGUGGGAAAUGCUUUACUCAGAAAUCAAAUCUUAUUCGUCAUCAGAAAAUUCAUAUAGGGAAGAAAGGAUUUUCAUGUUCUGACUGUGAAAAAUGUUUUACUCUGAAACUAACUCUUAUUAGGCAUCAGAAAAUUCAUAAAGGGGAGAACAGAUUUUCAUGUUCUGACUGUGAGAAAUGUUUUACUCAGAAAUCAAAUCUUAUUACACAUCAGAAAAUUCAUACAGGGGAGAAAGGAUUUUCAUGUUCUGAAUGUGGGAAAUGUUUUACUCUUAAAUCAAAUCUCAUUACGCAUCAGAAAAUUCAUACAGGGGAGAAAGGAUUUUCAUGUUCUGACUGUGGGAAAUGUUUUAAUCAGAAAUCAAAUCUUAUUAUGCAUCAGAAAAUUCAUACAGGGGAGAAAGCAUUUUCAUGUUCUGACUGUGGGAAAUGUUUUACUCUUAAAUCAAAUCUUAUUAUGCAUCAGAAAAGUCAUACAGGAGAAAAAGCAUUUUCAUGUUCUGACUGUGGAAAAUGUUUUACUCGGAAAUCAAAUCUAAUUAUGCAUCAGAAAAUUCAUUCAGGAGAAAGGGCAUUUUCAUGUUCUGACUGUGGAAAAUGUUUUACUCGGAAAUCAACUCUUCUUAUGCAUCAGAAAAUUCAUACAGGAGAAAAAUCAUUUUCAUGUUCUGACUGUGGAAAAUGUUUUACUCGGAAAUCAAAUCUUAUUAUGCAUCAGAAAAUUCAUACAGCAGAAAAAGGCAAUUUCAUGUUCUGACUGUGGAAAAUGUUUUAGCGUGAAAACAAAUCUUUAUUACAUAUCAAAAAAUUCAUACAAAACAUUACAGCAAUGAAUAAACAGCAUCUUUCUAUAUAAUUAAAAACUAAUAUAUAUAUCAUUAUGAAUAACCUUUGGAUUAUAAUGUAUAUUGAAUAGCAACUAUCUUUAGAUGGAUUUUUCCUCAGAAAGCAUUUAAAAAAAUAAAUCCUAUUUAAAUUUUUAUCCACCCUGUGUGACCCAGUGUAUUUGCCAUGGGGAUCCAGGGUCCCUUUGUAUGUUUGAAUAGCCAAGUGAUCACCUUGAGCCUCCAUAAUAUUUUUAAUUUUCUUCCUAAAUGGAAAGAGUCCACAGCUGCAUUGAUUACUUUUGGGAAAUAAGAACCUGGCCACCAGGAGGAGGCAAAGACACCCCAGCCAAAGGCUUAAAUACUCCUCCCACUUCCCUCAUCCCCCCAGGCAUUCUUUGCCUUUCGUCCCAAGAGGUUGGCAGCGAAGUGUCAUAAGUUGUCUCUUAUGGAGGGUAGUACUCUUCGACAUUGGACAGGAGUAUUUAAGUAAUCCUAUCAGUCUCUCAGUGAGAGCCUGGAUCAAAGUUAGAGUCCAGUGAUGCAGGGAGAGUCUUUCUGCGAAACCAUCACAACUCAUAUUAACAGCUCCACAAGCAAUCAGCGUUGUCGAAAUUCGCUUCGCUGCCUGCUUUUUUCUCUCAAGUCCAUUGCGGAGGCGCUGCUUCUAUUCGUCACACUUGAAGGGCUGUGUGCCUGUUCCAUGGUGUAGAUUCCGGUAAGAUUGUUUCAUUUUACUUCAUCAGAAUGUACUGUAACUUAUUAAUGUUUCCCGUAAGGAACUAUCUUGCAGGACUUACUAAGUAUAUUUAUAGGGCCUCAGUGAGGCUCCUUUGGUAUCUUGGAAUCAAGGGUUAAUGUCUCCUGAGGGGGAUUAUUGGACAGGGUUUUUUUUAAUCAUGUUUGUUAUGUGAUUCAAUCUGCUUAUAUGUAGUGUUAACUGGGCUCUUAGCUUAGAACAUAAAGGCCUUUGGAAGUGAUGCAACCUUAUGGUUGGGUGCGCUUUUUUUGGACUGUGCGGUUCACCUUGUGACUGGACGUGUUUUCGUUCUGGUCUUCCAUUUCCACACUCCUGACCAUGUGGCGACUGAAAAAUUAGAGUCUGCUUGUGUCUGGUUCUAGGAGGUGGUUAGUGCCUCAGCCAUUGUGGGUGUCAGGUACCGUUUAAGUUUUUUCUUAGUCCAUAAUAUUAUAUUCUCUUUCUAGUUAUGGAGUAUUCUGAUGCUGACUUGUGAAGAAUGCGAUUUGGCCCCGUUGACACAGGUCAAUCAGUUAUGUUCAAUAUGCCGUGAUAGAGCGCCCUGUUCCUCGGGCUUGGGGAUGAGCCAUCCGCCUCUGGGUGUUCUGUCUUCCGAGAGGCGAGUUCCCUACCGCUCCCUACUACUACACAUGCGGGUAACCCAGAUUAUGUUUAUCCCUCCUUACAGGGCGGCUUGUUCCCCCCGGAGGUUGCAGCUCAUUUUCACUUUCACAUAUUUUUGGCGAUUAUGCGUCUGCAAAGUCCAGACGUUUAUUUGCGUUUGUGCUCGUGCCUGAUCAUCCCGAGUCUACCAACCUUGGGUGGGCCUAUACAGUACCCUGCGGGUGUAGCUGUCCCUGAUUGUUGUGCCUUUCGUUACAGAAUAGCGCUUCUUCACGUUUUACUCAGACACAUUUUUGAGUUAUUGUAGGAUUCUAUCCUUAACGAUACGGGAAUCCGCUGUAUUCUACUUUGAAUGGCUCACCUCAUUAGACAUGAGAGGAUGACGUAAUUUCCAAAUUGUCUGCUUAUUGAGAUCUUUCCCAGAUUUUUGUUGGAAGAUCAGGGUUCCGUUUGGCGGGUCCUGCGGUUAUGCCUGUUUUCUUCCUGGGGGCGUAAACCUACGGGUUGCCUUUAUAUUUUUUUAAAAUUUUGAUUAUGUGUUUCCUUCAGGAACUUCUGGGAUCAAUUCUCUCUGGUUGCUUCUUCGGAAGCUUGUUAAGGUACACAUUAGUCCUAGGUUUGUCUGUUUUACCUUCCCCUCUGAGGGAGGAUUUAGCCAACUUGACAGUUAUGACCCCAGCUGCGGCUUGUCUUGCUGGAAUUCAGAUCUUUUGUCCUGUGGCUUGUUCAGACACAUGGCGCCUGUUCUGCCUGGCUGGUCCGGUGGGGCGCUGAGUGCUCACAUUAUUUGUGUGUCUUGUUUUUAUUUACAAGUUCAGCUAAACACUCUAAAAGGAUCCUUAUUCAGCACUCAAUCUGGUGACCGGGUCUCUGGAGUUCUGCUGCAUCACUCUCUUUGCUCCGAUUUUAUUGGGGCAUAGAGUUUCUUUCCUCUCUGGGGAUGACUGGGGGCUUAUCACCUCCUUACUGCUGUUUGAGUGGUUCUGCCUUCUGAGGCUCUGGAAUUGUCCUUGGACUUGUUCCUGCUGUGGUCCUCUUCUAGAGACCUUGCGGACUUCGUCCAUUCCUCGGGUUCCUUAGGGGAACCUGGUUCCCUUCGGGAGUUGGUUCCUUUGUAGGGACAUGUGCAGUGUGGUCUCCUUGAGCUCUGAUUAGGGUUCUACCCGGACCUGGGGGAUGCUCUGCAUCUUUCUUCUCCUCUGAUUUUUGGGGGUGAUGUGGAGGCUAACCUUUGUUCGAGAGACAUUGUCCUCGAGGUAUCCCCCUUGCUCUUGGUCAUAGGUGGCUGUUGCGCCUAUGGCUCUAGUGACCUUGUUUCAACCUUUGCUUCUUUAGCUCCUUGGAGUGUUGGACUCUGGCAAGGGGGUCUCGUCUUCUGGUCAGGAUGUGCAAGUUUUUCUCAUUGUCCAUUUUACUUUGGACAUUGUAUGGUAUCUCCUGGGGGUCUGUUUUUUUAUCAGAUGGGGGAUUUCAGUUUCCGGGUUCUUGUUUAUUUUGGGGGCUCGGACCUCUCCUCGCUCUGGCUCUUCCGGUGGAUGAGUUUUUCACUCAGCAUUUCCUUUGUGGAUCUUGUUGUGGGUUGUACCGGACUGUUAGGAUCUAGAGCUGGCCCGGGGUCCCCAGUUCCAGGAAACUUGGGCAGUGUCUUUUGGUUGGGCUAGUUGAUCUGGUUCAGUAGACCAGGUUUGACUGGGUGCCGUUGACCCUUGGGCUUGCAUUUUGCCUAUGGUCGGUUUCCCUUGGUUGGCUUGCUGAAAUAGUGUGAUGACUUUGCUGCUCUGCAAGCAAAGGGGUUCGCUGUGGAACUACUGCAGCUAUGGUACUUUGUGUGCUAGCCAGUUAGAUCUUCAGGGGAUUCCUUCCAGGUUAGGGCAUUGGAGUUUUGUUCUCUCGGUUCAGCCUACAGCUGUGUCCUGGGGGCAGGCGCUCUAUCCUUCCGGCCCGCUUGCCAGCCCCCCUUUGUCUUGGGGGGCUUAUAUCCUUCUUUCGGAAGUGUGGUCCCUAUCUUAGGGCUUCUCCUGGCUUCAGGAGGUUAGGACAGACGGGUUAAUCCAUUUCAGAGAGAGGUACGCGCUCUGGGUUGUUCUGUCAAUUUCGAGAGUUGCUCGCUCCGCCUUGAGUCUAUGUUGGGACUUUAGCUAGACCUCUAGGUCUAAGGCCUUGUCGACGGUCUCCAUGUGGUAUUCCGGGUUGACACCCGAGCACUAUUGUAAUGGCUGUGCCAUUUUUUCCGCUCGUUGUUUGAGCCCGGGGGGUUUUCUGGUCCCCUGGUUUCAGACCUGUCAAUGCUUGGGCUGGCCCGGCAGGACGCAUUGGUCCUCGUUGAGAUUCUGUGCUCUCCUUUUAUUUCGGGACCUAUGUGUAGGUCUGGCGGUUUCGGUUGCCUAAAGUGUGCCUUCUGUAAUGGAGGUUUAGAACUCUACAUUUCGGUAGCCGCUUCUAGCAAGCAAUUUCUUCUGUGUCAUCCUGAGGAUGGCUGCGUGUUCUUGACUCAGGUGUUUACCUCGUCCUGGUCUGCUACAUGUAAUUUUGCCAGAACUCCUCAAGGUUCUGAGUUCGGAUGAUGUUUGGUCUCUGUUUUCAGUUGUUCCUAGGUGCUGAUUGACUUGCUGCCUGGCAAGUGAAGGGUUGCUCUUUAAAACCAGCUACAGCUGUUUGAGCCUUGACGAGUGCUAGCUAGCUGUUCCAAUCCUUUGCAGGAUGUUGGGAGAACUUUUUCUCUGUUCUGCUUCCGGUUCUAAACCUUGUGGUUUCUAUUUGGAUUGGGCGUUGCCUCCCGUUGUUGUCAGGACCCUUUUAGGUCUUGCGAGCUUGGUUUGAUUGGGGUUUUUUCCUUUUAUGGAGUUUGUGGUAACUUUCGGUUCCCAUUUGGUUCUUCCGUGCCUUAUUCCUUUGGGAGUUUCGGCGGGAGUUCCCUUCGCUAGUAAAGGGUGUGUGGUGGGGGACCGACUGUUGGGCGACUGUGUCUUCUGGAGGACUGUUGGCUCAGUUGUGUCUGAUGUUGCGGUCUCUACCUAGGGUUCCGGGCUAUCUGCUGGUCAGUGUCCUUGGGGCCUUUUCCCUUUCUGUUUUUCUCGGCUUCGGACGAAGCAGGUUUUUUUUUGUUGGGUAGUGGAGUCAGGCCUGGUGCCCUCAGAAUGGGCCGCCUAUUGUACCCUCCCAUUUUAGCAUUCAGUGUCCUCUAUAGCUUGGGUAUUGUUUUUCCAAAAGUAUUGAAUGCAGCUGUGGACUCUUUCCAUUUAGGAAGAAAAACAUAAAUUAUGCUUAUCUGAUAAUUUUCUUUUCUUCCGAUGAAAAGAGUCCACAGCUCCCCACCCGUCUUUUUUUAUGUUGGGCGUCUUUGUUUUUUAUUCUUCGGGCACCUUUUCACCCAGAUAUUUCUUCUACUGUUCCUUGUUCCUCUGCAGAAUGAAUGGGGGAUGAGGGAAGUAGGAGGAGUAUUUAAGCCUUUUGCUGGGGUGUAUUUGCCUCCUCCUGGUAGCCAGGUUCUUAUUUCCCAAAAGUAAUGAAUGCAGCUGUGGACUCUUUCCAUCAGAAGAAAAGAAAAUUAUCAGGUAAGCAUAAUUUAUGUUUUCUGCUUAUUUUAGAAAUGUUGCCUAAUACAACUAUAGAUCCACAACAGUAUUGACUAUAGAGUUGAAAAAAAAUCUCACUGUAUUGUUUACAACCUUGUUUAUUUAAAUGGUAAUAAAAAGAAAUCCAUCAGAGAGAUAGCAGGAACAUUAGGAGUGGCCAAAUCAACAAUUUGGUACAUUUUGAGAAAAAAAGAACGCACUGGUGAGCUCUGCAACACAAAAAUGCCUGGACAUCGACAGCAGUGGUGGAUGAACGUAGGAUACUUUCCAUGGUAAAGAAAAACCCCUUCACAACAUCCAGCCAAGUGAAGAACACUCUCCAGGAGGUAGGCAUAUCAUCCUAGUCUACCAUAAAGAGAAGACUUCUCAAGAGCAAAAAUAGAAGGUUCCCCACAAGGUGCAAACCAUUCAUAUACCUCAAGAAUAGAAAGGCCAAAUUAGACUAUGCCAAAAAAAUAUCUAUAAAAAAAAAAAGCCAGCCUAGUUCUGGACAACUUUCUUUAGACAGAUGAAACUAAGAUCACCUUGUACCAGAAUGAUGGGAAGAAAAAAGUAUGGAGGAGGCUUAGAACAGCUCAUGAUCUGAAGCAUACCACUUUAUCUGUAAAACACGGCGGAUGCUGUGUGAUGGCAAGGGCAUGCAUGGCUUCCAAUGGCAAUGGGUCGCUAGUGUUUAUUGAAGUGACAGAAGCAGUCUGAUAAAGUCUAAAGGGAUUUAUUGUCUGCUCAGAUUCAGCCAAAUUCAGCAAAGGUUAUUAGACGACGCUUUACUUUACAGAUCGACAAUGACUAAAAAAAAAUUAAAGCAGAGAAGUGUAAUAUUUUGCAAUGGCCGAGUCAAUCGAGCAUGCAUUUCACUUGCUGAAGACAAAACUUAUGGCAGAAAAACCUAUGAACAAACAAUAACUGAAGACAGCUUCAGUAAAUGCCUGGCAAAGCAUUACAAAGGAUGAAACCCAACGUUUGGUGAUGUCCAUUCGUUCCAGACUUCAAGCAGUCAUUGCCUGCAAAGGAUUCUCAAUGAAUUAAUAAUAAUUAACAUUUUAUUUAUGAUUUGUUAAUUUGUCCAAUUACAUUUAAGUCCCUGAAAUUAGGGGACUGUGUAUGAAAAUGGUUGCAAAUCCUAAAUGUUUAUUACAAUAUUUUUGUUCAACCCCUUAAAUUAAAGAUGAAAGUCUGCACUUCAA